AUGGAUUCCAAAGAGCGCCAAUCCUCCAUUGUGGUGGCCGUUAGGGUUAGGCCCUUUACAGAUUAUGAGAGUUCUCAUUUGAUGCCUGAAGGUCGAGAUGAAUUCUAUGUGAAUAUGGGAGAUUCUAAUUUAGUACUUCCCAACGGCAAUAGUGUUGGUGACAGUGAUGAGAAGUAUCAGAAAUCAAAUACAAGGCUACCUGCGAUGCUGAGACCACAAGGUAUUAGGAGGAUCGUUGAAUGUGUGGAUGAUAAGAUGCUUAUCUUUGAUCCUGCUGAUACGAAUCCUCUUAAUAAAGUAGGCGAAACGGUUUUAAACUCUAUGUAUUCUCGCAAGAAUCGAAGUCGAAGGCGGCUACGAAGAAAUGGAGGAGAAGUGAGAUUUGUAUUUGAUCGACUAUUCGAUGUGGACUCUACUCAGAAAGAUGUAUAUGAAUCUACUAUGAUACCUCUGUUAGAUUCAGUGUUGGAUGGUUUUAACGGUACGGUUUUCGCGUACGGUGCAACUGGUUGUGGUAAGACUUAUACCAUCAGUGGGUCUCCCGAAAAUCCUGGUAUCAUUUUCCAAGCGAUGCAAGAGUUGUUCAAUCGAAUUGAAAAUUUAAAGGAUACGAAGCAUUUCGAAUUGUCACUUUCAUUUUUAGAGAUCUACAAUGAAUCCAUUCGAGAUUUGCUGUGUCCUGAGACCUCGAGUAAAAAACUAGUUAUUUUGGAGGAUAGUAAUGAAAGUAUCCGUGUAUCCAAUUUAUCUCAUUAUAAUCCUCAAAAGGUGGAAGAUGUCAUGGAUUUAGUUAUCAAGGGUAAUAUGAAUCGUACUACAUCGGCAACAGAUGCCAAUGAAGCUUCAUCCAGAUCUCAUGCCGUUUUACAGAUACACAUCAUGCAACACAAUCGUACUGCAGAUCUAAAAUCAGAUCAUACUUUUGCUACAUUAUCCAUUAUCGAUUUAGCAGGUAGUGAAAGAGCCGCUACAACCAAGAACAGAGGAAACCGACUGUACGAAGGUGCUAAUAUUAACCGAUCCCUAUUGGCAUUGGGAAACUGUAUUAAUGCUCUUUGUUUGAAUGACGGAACACGCAGGUCGUGUCACGUUCCCUAUAGAGAUUCCAAAUUGACAAGGUUGUUGAAAUUUUCAUUGGGAGGUAAUUGUAAGACCGUAAUGAUAGUUUGCAUUUCUCCCAGUAGUACCCAUUACGAUGAAACUUUAAACACUUUGAAAUAUGCAAAUCGUGCCAAAGAGAUCAAGACUAAAGUCAGCAGAAACAAUCAAACUUUGGACAGACACGUUUCAUCUUAUUUAAAGAUGAUAUCUGAACAGAAGCAAGAGAUUGAUGAACUAAGACGUAGGGAACAAGUGGUCAUUGAUAUGAGGUUAAAGAAAUAUCAACUGACUCAGGAGAAAGUUCAGCUGGCCAUCGAAGAUUGUCUACAAAAUGUACAAACCGCCUUCGCCAAAGCAGGAAAUUUCCACAAUUCUAAGAACAUUAAAUCCUUAAUGCUUUGUAAAAGACGCUUUUUACAGUUGGUGCAAUUGGAAUUAAUCAACGUUAUUUCACUAGUGCAGGAAUGGACGGAUCCCCAGAUAUAUCAAAGCAGUACUCUUUUGCAUGAUCAAUUGACCAAUAAAAUUCGCGAGUUGGAAGAUGCAUUUGAUCAGCCAGGUGAGCUGGACCUCGUCCUGGAAAGAUGUCGUACUGUCGAUUUACCAAAAUUAAAAGAGAUGGAAGGUUGGAAUGACGCAAGAGAUUUGCCCUAUUUUGAAGCACAAUUGGAUCACCUUGCAGAGUUCAUACGCAAUGAAAUCCUGAUUAAUGCAUCUGCUAUGGUGGAACGUGUACUACAAGAUGAAAUUUUAUCGCAACGGUUUAAAUUUUUAUCUCUUUGUUUAGCUCACGAUACAAACAUAGCGGCUGCGGUGCAAGAUCUUGUGAAAAUAGAUGAAGAAUUCGAGACCUUUGGCAGAAAUUUUGUCAUAAGCAGUGGUAGCAGUCGUAGCAGUAGCCCGCCAACAGUGUCAUCUACCCAAUCCAUUUUGAAACCAGCCACUAGGCGGUCGGGUCCUCGUCGCGUGACAAAAGCUACUGAUUCACCUACGGGCAGUAGCUCUCCCAACGGUAAUAAUGGCAGUAACCGCAAGAAUCUGCAAACUCCGGUAGUCACUAAAACUGUACGUUGGCUCAAUUUAGAGUCUCCAUCGACGACACCAGAACCUACAGACAUGGAUGUAAGCAUGCAGGAUGCUGAGCCAGUGGGAACAGCAGUCGGAGCUGGUAGACCUACUAUGCUACCACGACAAGCACCUAGAAACUCUUUACUAGAUCGUAGAUUAGGUGAAUAA